AUGGCCGCAGCUUUCUUCGUCCUGCUCAGUUGUGUGAUCUACGGAGCUAUUGCAUCCGCUCCAGCCACAUCGUACUUGCCUCCAGCAGCUCCCGUUGGUGGUGCCCGCCCGGCUGUGCAGCCCCAAGCUGUUGGUGCUGGCCGCCCAGCUGUCCAGCCCCAGACUGUCUCGAAGCCUUCGAAUGCCUACAUUCCACCAGCUGCAGGCCGUCCAGCAGCCACUCCCAGGUCAGCGCCAUCCACUUUGCCUGCAGCUGGAGGUGUAACAAGUGGCCGCUCAGCUGGCCCACGUGCUGCGCCAGCCCGUCAAGCUCAGGCUGUUGGAUCUACUCAUGCACGCCCAGCUGCUCGCCCUGCUGUUUCCCAUCAAUCCCAAACUAUUGUUCAUCCAAGCCGUCCUCGUCCCGCUGUGCAGGCGCCUGCUGCCAAGCCAGCUCCAGCACCUCAAUCCGGCUACAAGAGUCAUGCCCAACCCGCUCCAGUUGCCACAGGCUCUCGCACUGUUGGCAAUCGCGCUCCUUACUAA